AUGGAUCCUCUGUCUAUUGCCACAAGCUGCCUUGGGUUGGUGUCGGCAAUCGCCACCAUCUCUAAGGCCGUCAACGAGCUCACCUCGGAGCUACGUGAUGCCAAAGACGAGCUCAGUCGCGUUAGCAACGAGUUGACAUCGUUGCAAGUGCCGCCCCGGCACAUUGGCAACCGGGCACAGGCGUCAGGCGACUCUGUUGUCCCCAUCGCCGCGGAGCUCCAGACCCAGAUCAAGAAGAUUGUGGCCAACUGUCGCACAGUGGUUGAAGAGAUCGGCCGCAUUGUCGACAAGUGUUCGACCCGACGGCGCGGCGCCCGCUCGGUUGGCUGGGUCUUGGUGCGGAGCGAUGUGUACAGACUGCGAUCGUCGCUGGAGUCGCAUAAGAUUGCACUGAAUAUCGCGCUUAGCCUUGUCGAUAGCGAGCUCUGUAAGGCGAUUCAAGAUGACACACGCCACAUCCGGUCGCAAGUCGCUGCCAUCAGCUCGGAUGUUAGGCGCGUGCAAAGCGACACGGCCAAUAUUACGGCACAAAACGCUCAUAUUCUAGGCGAGAUUCGAAGCAUGAGGGUACUGGCGCCCCAGGAAACGGUGACGAAUGGCCAGAUCUUGGACGCCAUCCAAAACAUUCUAAGUCGGCUCUCAAUGGAAGCUCCCCCAGAGUCGAUUCCGCUUCAGGAGCACCUAGAAAUCAUGCGAGAGCUCACUCGAAACCAGGCGCCACCAGAUGAUAUCGAUCCGUGGGUUGACUGGGUGGCGGAUCCAAAGCCUGGAUACAGCUUUUCCAAUCCAAUCGCCGCCACUAGACGGCAACGGCACCGAGCACUGAGUCAGAGUCUCAUUGUUGCUAUUGACUACGGCGUCUCUUUUACGAGCGUUGCGUUUGCUUGGUCGAAUGCCGAAAGUCUUGAUGAUAUUCAGGUCUUGUGUAACUAUCCAGGGAAUGACCGCCAAUCCUUCUCGAAGCAGGUUCCAUCCGUCAUCGCAUAUGCUAGGGAGAAUGUCGACCUCUGCCAAGACGUUUGGGGUUUUCUUGUGCCGCCCGGGAUAAAGGCCUACCGAGGUACCAAAUUGCUUAUAGACCGAUGCUUCACUGAUGCAGGUGAUGUAGGGAUCGACCUUGGCUUAGACCCCCUGCGUAUCCCCGUAGGCAAGACGGCGAAAGACGCGGUGGCGGAUUACUUGCGGGGUCUGCGCCGCGCAAUCUACGACGAGAUCUGCAUCAAGAUGGGCGACGCGAGAGUGUCAGUGACGUCAAUCUCGUUUUGGCUCACUGUGCCGGCGAUAUGGCCUGAAAGAGCUAAGAUGCUUUUGAAAAAAAGCCGCUACAGAAGCUGGACUUAUAUCAAAGCCCUCGGACAGCAUCCUUCUUAUACCAGAGCCAGAAGCCGCAGCCCACGCGGCUCUCAAUCCGGUCCUCAAGCAGCCUGA